CAACGCUCAUUGGCUGACUCCUUUCCAGUCAGCUGGAGCUCCUUAAACACAACAUUUACUUGUUUUGAGCUCAGCGCGGUCGGUGCCUCUAGCUUUGGGCGGUUUGGGGACACGUUAUUUUAGUCAGUAGAUAUAUUCUGGUACUUUUGUUUCUGCGUGGGAAACGAUGAUGAGUCGUCGGUCAGAUUUUAGUUGUUUAUUUUUACCGAUAGCUGAGCUAGCUAGCAUUAGCUAAUGUUGUAUUAAGCUAGUUGGCUACCUGUCAGUCAGCUUGCGGACCAUACAAUACUUCAAAAGAGCUUUUUUUUUUGAAUCUACACACUUUUGUAUAAUCAGGAAGGUGACAGCGGUUGUCGCGCCUGUGAUUGACCCUGGGACGGGGCCGGUUCGGUUCUGGGGCUCAAUGAGGAGAUGUCAGAGCGGGGAUGCACGGUCAUGGACGCGGCUGUGUAGUCCAUGCGUCUCCGCAGCAGGGACCAACCAGCAGUGACACAUAUAUGGAUGGUGGGCUCGCAGCAUGCCCACCCCCUCAGCUACCACCACCCCGCCGGUUGGACGGAGUAGCCGUCCUGGAAGAGAAGAGGAGCCCAUGUCUACCUCCCCUCACUUCGUCCCAGCAUUCUGCCUAGGCGUAGCUGCAGCACUUGGGUUUCAGCUGGUCUGGGGAGGCCUGACCCUCACCUCCUUCUUCCUCAAGCUGUUCAUCUACGUUUCCUUCGCCUUGCUGUGUUUCCUGGCUGGGAGUUUCGUUCUACUGGUCAGGAAGAGCCCUUUGAAGAUCAGCUGCUUUGACAGGAGCAGAAGGCAGCCAGCUGCACGUGUGGAGUUCUUCAGCAGGCUGAUGGGGCAGUUCUUGGUGCCAGCUCAGGAGUCCAGUCAGAGCAGGAGGGUAGUGGUGUCACACAAUGUGGACAAAGCCUUGAAGGAAGUGUUCGACUAUGCCUACAGAGACUACAUCCUGUCCUGGUAUGCUCCUCUGAGUCGUGAUGAAGGCCAGCUUUACUCCAUGCUGCUGGAAGACUGGUGGCAGAUGAUUGACCAGCUCAAAUCCAGACUGGCUGACAUUGACCUAGUCAAUGUAGUGUGUAACGACAGCAUCCGCAUCCUUCAUUCACACUUCACUGACCUCAAGGCUGCAUCUGCAAGACCUGAGGAGGUUGCUCGGCCGUUUCCCCUCCAUCCCUGUUUGGUCAGUCCAGACUCUGAGAUGGCCUUCCUUCGCUGUGUAGCCAGAAUCCUGCUGCUGUGUCUACUGCCACAAAAAGACACCAAAUCCCACACACUACGCUGCUGCCUCACAGAAGUAAUCUCAACCAAAGUGCUGAAGCCUUUGGUAGAGCUGCUCAGCGAUCCAGACUCCAUCAACAGGAUGCUGCUGAUUCAGCUUGAGCAGAGGGAGCAGCAAGCCGAGCAGCAGAAGAAGGCGUACACCUACACUGCCUCUUAUGAAGACUUCAUCAAACUGAUAUCAACUUCUACAGAUAUCAACUUCCUCAAACAACUCAGGUAUCAGAUUGUGGUAGAAAUUAUUCACACCACCACCAUCAGCAGCCUGCCUCAGCUCAAAAAGCAGAAAGAGCGAAAAGGUAAAGAAUCUGCAGCCAUGAAGGCAGACCUGCUGCGGGCCAGGGAUAUGAAACGAUACAUCAACCAGCUGACUGUUGCCAAGAAGCAAUGUGAGAAACGAAUUCGGCUCCUCGGAGGACCAAGCUAUGAAAACAGUGAGGAUGGAGGAGCUGAGGAUGGUGAUGAGCCUCAGAGUCAGAAGAUCCUCCAGUUUGAUGAUAUUCUGUGUAAUCCAGGUUACAGGGAGCAUUUUAGAGUUUACAUGGAGAGAGUUGAUAAGCGAGCUCUGAUAAGCUUCUGGGAGCUGGUGGAAACGCUGAAAACUGCCAACAAGAAUGAGGUACCCCAAAUUGUUGGUGAAAUCUACCAGAAGUUUUUUGUGGAGAGCAAAGAAAUUCCAGUGGAAAGGUUUCUUCUGAAGGAGGUCCAGCAGAGUCUGGUGGGAAACAAAGGAACUCAGGUCUUUGUCAGGCUACAGGAGCAGGUGGCUGAGACAAUGAGAGAGCGUUUCUACCCCUCCUUCCUGGUCUCUGACCUUUAUGAUAGGCUGAUCAGAAGAGACGACACUCAGAGCCAAUCACAGUGUAGCCCAGAGGAAAAUGAGGAAGGGUGUCAUGGUGUAGAUGCUGGGGAGGAAGUGUGUGACGAGGGCAGCAAAGGAAUCAAUGAGCAAGCCAGCUAUGCCGCCACAAAACUCCACCAACUCUAUGACAAACUGGAAUACAAGAGACAGGCCCUGGGUUCCAUCCAGAACGCUCCCAAACCGGACAAAAAGAUUGUGAGCAAGUUAAAGGAAGAAAUAGGAACCAUGGAAAAAGAACACAAUGAGCUUCAGCAGCACAUAACCAGGACUGACCGGUGGUGUGAAAAUCUGGGCCACUGGAGGGCUAAUAUUACCACUGCUGAGGCUGCAGAAGAAGGUGGUGAGACUGUAGCUUGUUACAGUGUGUGUGUCAGCCUGGCAGAAGGAGAAGAAAUGUCUAACAGUCACUGGAGCGUUCAGAGGAAACUCUACGAAUUCCAGAUGUUGCACCGUAAACUCAUUGAGUGUUUUCCGUCCUUGAAAAAACUCCAGUUACCAACGCUGAGUAAACUUCCCUUCAAAUCCAUUGACCAGAAGUUCUUGGACAAAAGUAAAACUCAGCUGAAUGCAUUUCUCCAGCGGCUGCUGAUGGAUGAGCGACUGUGCCAGUCAGAAGCUCUGUAUGCAUUUCUGAGUCCAUCACCUGAACACCUCAAGGUCAUGUCUAUUCAGAAGAAAUCUUCCUUCUCUCUGGCCUCAUUUCUGGAGAGAUUACCUGGAGAUUUCUUCUCUCACACCGAGGAAGACAGUGAUGAUGACAGCGACCUGUCAGACUACGGCGAUGAGGUCGAAGGGAGGAAAAAUGCCCUGGCUGAACCAUGCUUCAUGCUCAUCGGGGAAAUCUUUGAGCUGAGAGGAAUGUUUAAGUGGGUGAGGAAGACGCUGAUAGCUCUGGUACAGGUGACGUUUGGACGAACCAUCAACAAACAGAUACGGGACACCGUAAACUGGAUUUUCUGUGAGCAGAUGCUGGUGUGCUACAUCAGUGUGUUCAGGGACACCUUUUGGCCUAAUGGGAACCUGGCGCCGCACAGCAAGGUCCGAACCAAUCCUGAGCGCAGCGAGACCAAGGAGCAGGCUCAACAGAAACUACUUGAAAAUAUUCCAGAUGCACUUGCAAAUCUUGUUGGCCAGCAGAAUGCCCGCUUUGGUAUCAUCAAGAUCUUUAAUGCUCUACAGGAGACCAGUGCCAACAAACAUCUGCUCUAUGUACUAAUGGAAAUGCUACUCAAAGAACUUUGUCCUGAGCUCAGGACAGCUGUGGACAACGUCUAAGCACAAAGACCAAAGCCACUUAACAACGUGGAGCCUUCUUGGUUCAUCUAUCUGGCCUGCAUGUAGCUGAGUCAUCACAGGCAGCUGGGAGAGAUGGGACAGAGCUGAGACAUACUCAUGAAGAUGACUGAGAGGAACUGUGGUCCUCGUGUAAACCUGGAAAAUUAGAAGUUACAUAGAGAUCUAACUUCUCCUUCAGGCAGUGUUCCGACCACACAUAUUACAUCCGGAGUAGAACAAAUCGUAUUUCUGAGAUUGUUUGCCACACCAUUUUCUUUUCCAGUGACUCAGACGUUGCAGAUCAUUUCUAGAGCAAAUUGAAACUGAAUCUCUCAUGAGUUUAGGUCAAACAUGAAGUGUAUCAGAGUCCAAGUUCAAAUGUUUUUAAUGUUCCUGUGAAAGAAACGUCGUCGUUCACGGACCUCCAAACAUUCCUGCACACAAACUGAGCAACAACACUUUUUCUGUCAUUCUGGUUGAGGCUUAUAACUGUGCAAUAUAAUUUCAUGCUACAGUCGCUGUGAUGAUUUUAUUUAGAUUACUAUUGAUAGAUUUUAUUUUUACCAAACAAUGUUUAGAGAGCAUUUAUAUGAGCAAUAAAUUACAAUGAAAACCUGA